AUGAUAAACGAAAAUACUGCUGGAGAGCGAAUUAUAUUUACCUUUGAACGUUUAGGGGAAGACCAACAAUUUUUUCGAAUUUUGUUUGUAAAGCCUAUUGCUUUUUCGGAUCAGCAAGUUCAUUCCUUGUCUAUUCCUAAAGACAACUUACGGCCAAUACGAACAGGAAGAAGUUUUGAGAUAAAAUUAUGCGAUCAAAAGGAAAAUCUCGAAAAAGACCGAACAACUAAGCAAAAUGAGGAAUCAUCCACUGAAGAAGAAGAUGAUUUUGUAGUCAAAGAAAUAAUUGCUUUUACCGUUAGACAAACUUUUGAUUACCCGGAUAGUUUUAACAUUAGAUUUGCCGAAGAAAUCCAAUAUGGCAAAAGAAAAGUAAUCGCCCUGUCCAUUUUAAAAACGCCAUCCGGAGCAGAUUACCAGCAAAAAUUAUCCAUUUUCAAACACGACCAAAGAUUUCAAUUUCUCUUUCCUGUCGGAAGCAUGAAAAUCAAGGAAAAUUCCAACUUUUCAGAAACUUUCUAUUUGGAAACCACUUUCAACAACCUUCUAGAAAUCAAAAAACUUGAGAAAGAAGCACCAGCACAUUUUUCAGGACCAAGUACUAGUCAAAAAGUAAGAGCAAAUAAAGCAACCAACCCAACUUUGGCUAACCAAAAGCUCGCCCCAGAUAACAAUUGGUUCGAAUUUAUUUCUAAGUUCAAAAUUUUAGAAUUAACUCAGUUUAUGUUUGCUAAAGAAACCUUAGACAGCAAUGAUCCAGCCGCUAGAUUUAGUUUCCCGGUUCUACUUAGUGAAUUAACCGGAUUUAAUGAUACUUUACGAGGAAAUCCUAAUCAUGGUUACAUUAAACCUCUGGUUGGGGAUUUAUUGCAACAGUUACACCAAAAUAAUAAGGUUGAUUUAGAAAAAUACUUGAUUUUACAGGAUGAAAUUAAACAGCCUAAUACUUGA